GUACGAGCAUGCGAAUGGACGGACCAGCCCUGCGGGCUGUUUGUAGAAAUGAACAAAAACCGCGUCACACAUCACCUGUUGCAUUGGCACGGUGUCAAAUCCGCAGACACAGCUACCUGCAAAUUCGAGGGUUGCUCGACAUCGGGGGCAAUGCUCAGUUUGGGCCGUCACAUCGAGGGCGUUCACUAUACUACAUCCUGUGAAUGUCCCUAUUGCGGCAAGCAGUGGUCGAGGACCGAUUCUUUGGAUCGGCAUCAGCGGAAAUGCGAACCGCUCCUUGAUAGUAAGGCC